UUAGUCAGAGCGAUGGGAGAAGAGAGGGAGGGACAGUAGACAGAGAUGAUGCUGAUGAAGAGUGGUGGCGGCGCGGCCAUGGCUGUCCCUUGCAGACCGCCCAUGUGCUCCGCCAUGGCUUCCAAUAUCAAUUCAGAAAACCUACGUGCCCAACUGGGUCACCUCCAUUCUGAGGCUGAGACCACCAGAGACAAAGCUAACAAUGCAAGAUUGAGGCUUCUGCGACUGUCAGAGGCAGCUGAGAAGCUUAGACGGCAAGCAGCAAUCAAUGUCCAGUCUGGGAGGGAAGACGAUGCUAGGGAAAUGCUCUAUCAGAAGAAGAAGGUCAUGCAGGCAUUGGAGAAGUCAAAGAAACGCAUCGAAUUGCUUGAUGAGCUUUCCGUGAAGCUUAAUGAGGCAAUUUCUGUAAAAGAGAGGCAGCUAAUUGGAAAUGUCGCUUUGGAUCUUGAAGUUGUCAGACAAGAUGCUUUCAGUCCAGUUCGAAUUGUAUCCCCAACACCUGAAGAUGCACAAGAUUUGGAUGAGGUCGAAGAACUUGUCCCCAAGGGUUCGAAGCUUACUGAUGACCAAGAAAACUUGUUCCUUACGGAGAAUCAAGCAAGCUUACCUGUUGAGCCAGAAGGAGACAAUGUUCGAAAACCUUUAAAGACAGGAGUUUGGAAUGAAGAUGACAUAAUUAGUAGCUUACAGGGAAUAACCUCUUUUGAGAAUUUCUUGGAGCAUCUGGACAAUAAACUUAACAAAAUUGAAGCAGAACUUGUCACUGUAUUAAGGAUCUCAACCUUGGUAGUGGACAACCACGAGAGCAAAAAUUUCAAGGUGCAACAGAUAAUGGAACUUAUUGAGAGUGUAGGUGGCAUUAGACAGAGAAUUUCAAGUAUCAAGCUGGCAGAUGUCGAGGUCAGAUAAAGUUUCAGUUCAUUCAAGCUCUAUUAUCUGGUUUGGCCCUACAGUUGAAAGCAACAAGAUUUAUUUCCGAGGCCACUUAAGCUUGAAGACUGCCAGUAAAUUUUCUUUUUUCUUCUAUUUUGUUAAAGUCUGUGCUCUUGAAUAUGCAAACUUUGUGAUUAGUGAUGUGUAUCAAACAAAGGCAAUAUUGAUAACCUUUUGUUACAGUAAAUAAAAGUAUUUAUGAACGGAUUAUUAAUUUUUAUUUUUAUU